AUGUCAUAUGAUAAUGAGCAGUACAGUGACUCCAGUUCUGACUUUACGGAAUACUGGAUAGACUUGUUCUUGGGGAUUAAAGGCAACGAGUACUUUUGCGAUAUCGACGAUGACUAUAUUAGAGAUAGAUUUAAUCUCACCGGGUUGAACCAGGAGGUGGGAAAAUUGCCAACUUUAGUGGAUAUUAUCACAGACAUGGUUGAUAUAGAGCUGCAGCCUGAAGAUGCCCGUAACGACAUGGAACAAAAUGCCAGGGUUUUAUAUGGCUUGAUUCAUGCCAGAUACAUUUUAACACAACGAGGCUUGAAUAAAAUGUUCGAGAAGUACAAAAAUGGUGACUUUGGCUACUGUCCGAGAGUUAACUGCCAGUUACACCCGCUAUUACCCGUAGGUCUUACUGACCAGUCGAGAACGAUGCCGGUAAAACUUUACUGUGCCAAAUGCGAGGAUUUGUACAACCCAAAAUCGGGGCGUCAUGCGGUGGUCGACGGUGCUUAUUUUGGAACAUCCUUCCCGGCAAUGUUCUUUCAAAACUUCCCCCAAGCUGUGCCUGCCCAUAGUAAGGAAACUUAUGUCCCAAAGGUUUUUGGCUUCAAGGUACACGAAUACUCCAAGUUGGAUAGAUGGAGAUGUUUGCAGAGACAGAAGCUCGAAAAGAGGCUUCAAGCAAAAGGGAUAAAUAUAGUUAACACUAAUGGUGGCUUUAUUGAUGCUGGAAAACAAGACAGCUGA